CUGUCCCUGUCUGUGUCUCUGGCUCUCUCUGUCAGAGAUUUUUAACUUCUCUCUCUCUCUGCUCUGCUCUGCUCAAAGUCCCCGUCGUCUUCGUCCUCAUCGUCUUCGUCCUCCAUCUUCAUCAUAUUCUUCAUAUUCCAUUCUAUUAAAUGAAGAAAUCGAUUGAAUUUACAGCCAUUUACCACGCCACCUUCCUCUCUCACCCGCCUCCUUCCUGACCUUGCCCUGUUGUCUACAGUCCCACUCUUGUCCCUUUCAUCUUCUUCUUCCUCCUAUUCUCUCUCAGCUACCACUCUCUCUCUCUCUCUCUGGUCUGGACACCAUUCUUCCUCAUUCAUUCAAUCCCAAGUCCUUCCAUUUCAAGUUGAAGGAAAACCAGUUUUUUUUUUUCCCCAUCAAAAUGCCGUCUUACAUUGCCUUCUUCUCCAUCUUCUUCUUCUUCUUCUCCUUCAUCUCUUCCUCCGCCGGUCGCCGGAUCCUCCACCAGCCAUUCUUUCCGGUGGAUUCCUCUCCGGCUCCGACCACCCAACCGCCCCUUCUGCCGCCGUCUCAGCCCAAAUACCCAUUCUCCUCCCUCUCGCCGCCCUCCAAACAGAACCCGUUUUUCCCAUUCUCCUACCUCUCGCCGCCACCGCCGCCGCCGGCCGGUUCCCUCGCCACGUUCCCGGCCAACAUCUCCUCCCUCGUCCUCCCCGAUACCUCGCAUUCCAAACCCAUCUCUAGGAAGCUCGUUGCCGUCGCAGUCUCACUCUCCCUUCUCUCCGCCGCCCUCAUCACCGCCGUUGCCGCCUUCCUGCUCCACCACAACAGCCGCCGCUCUUUCUCCCACCACAAAGUCUCCAGAACCGACAGCCUCCGCCUGGUCCCGCCCGAUGCCGCCCCCUCCGACGGCGGCCACAAGCCGCCCCGCAACGUCUCCGGUGCCGGCUCGGAGUUUCUUUACCUCGGAACUCUGAGAGGAAUCAGUGAGGAGGAAAGGGAGAGUCACAAAGCGACGAACUCGAGCUCUCCCGGCGCCUCCUCGAUGCUUAGCUACGAAAGGCUGGGCUCGCCGGAGCUCCAUCCGCUUCCGCCGCUGCCACGCCAGAAUCUCCGGCGGGGUUCUCCCGCCGACGACGAUGUGGAGGAUGAUAACGACGAGUUCUUCUCUCCCAGAGGGUCUCCGCCCCCGCCCAAAGAGAAUUUCGUGCCUCUAGGCCCGAAUUCGAGGUCGGCUUCGUACCCAUCUUCCAAUUCUGGUUCUCCGGCGAAUUCCACGUCUAGCAGUUUGGAUUUAAGCCCCAGAAGCUUGAGAUCGAAGUCGCCCGACUCGGCCGUCAGUUUCCCGGCUCCGUCUCGGCUGCCGCCGCCCGUACCGGCACGGGUCGCAGCUAAGUUGCCUCCGCCACCGCCACCUCCACCGCCGAGGUUCUGGGAAAUUCCGUUCGGGCCGCCGGUUCUUGUAACGCCGUCUAGACCGGCUGCGUCGCAGAACCCCGAGCCGGGUUCGGAUUCGGGGAGUGAGAAAGGGAAGAAGAUGGAAACUUUGGUGAAAACUGAGGAAGCUCCGAAGCCGAAGUUGAAGCCUUUGCAUUGGGAUAAGGUCAGAGCAAGCUCUGACCGGGCAAUGGUGUGGGAUCAACUCAAAUCCAGCUCCUUCCAGUUAAAUGAGGAGAUGAUCGAGACAUUGUUCACUGUAAAUUCUUCGAGUUCUACUGUGAAGGAGAGUGCCUGGCAAAGGGUUCCACCAAUGGCGAAUCAAGAGAAUCGAGUACUCGAUCCAAAGAAGUCCCAAAACAUUGCAAUUUUAUUGAGAGCGCUCAAUGUGACAAUAGAUGAAGUCUGUGAAGCCCUUUUGGAAGGUAGUGCUGACAACCUGGGCACGGAGCUUCUUGAAAGUUUAUUAAAGAUGGCUCCAACCAAGGAGGAAGAACGGAAACUCAAGGAGUUCAGAGAUGAAUCACCUUUCAAGCUGGGCCCUGCCGAGAAAUUUCUCAAAGCGGUGCUUGAUAUACCGUUUGCAUUUCAGAGGGUGGAUGCAAUGCUUUACGUGGCCAAUUUUGACUCAGAAGUUGAUUAUCUCAAAAGAUCAUUUGAAACCCUGGAGGCUGCUAGUGAAGAACUGAGGAAAAGCAAAAUGUUCCUGAAGCUUCUAGAAGCUGUACUAAAAGCGGGGAACCGAAUGAAUGUUGGAACUAACCGUGGGGAUGCCCAUGCCUUCAAACUCGACACACUUCUCAAGCUUGUGGAUGUUAAGGGCACCGAUGGGAAAACCACUCUUUUACAUUUUGUUGUACAGGAAAUCAGCAGAGCUGAAGGUUCUCGUCUUGCUGGUGCCAAUCAAAGUCCAACAACCGAUAUAAAUCAUCAAUCCAGCUUGCAGGAUGAGAUUGAAUUCCGGAAGCUCGGCCUACAAGUUGUUUCUGGCUUGAGCGGCGAGCUCACCAACGUGAAGAAGGCCGCUGCCAUGGACGCAGACGUGCUUAGCAACGAAGUGACAAAACUAGCGAAAGGGAUAGACAAGAUCAGGGAAGUGUCGAAAUUAAAUGGAGAAGCUGCGGCGGUGGAGACCAUCUCCACCACCCAGAAAUUUUCCGAGUCAAUGAACGAGUUCUUGAAGAAGGCAGAAGCAGAGAUCGGAAAGAUAGAAGAAGGGGAGAGGGUUGCCAUCUCUCUGGUGACAGAAAUAACCAAGUACUUCCAUGGUGACUCCGCCAAGGAAGAGGCUCAUCGUUUUCGGAUCUUCACGGUGGUGAGGGACUUUCUGUCGAUUCUUGAUCAGGUCUGCAAGGAAGUGGGGAAGAUCAACGAGCGACGCACCGUCAGCCCCAUUCGUCAGUUCCCACUGCCGGUAAAUCCAAACCAACCACCUGUUUUUCCUGGAUUGGUUAGCCAGCCGCAUUUCGGUUCGUCUGAUGACGAGAACUCAUCAUCAUCUUCUUAAAAGUGUUGAAGAAAUGAGGUUUGGAUGAUCAUGCUGCUGGUCUCUCUCAUCUCUCUGCUGCUUUUUUACAUGCAUUUGUGUACAAGUUUUGGAAUAGUUUGAUCCCCUUGUUAUGUAAUAUAUAGGAAACAUAAUCAAACAGAUCAGGAUGGCCAUGGUUAGGAUGGGUGAAUGGGCCGAAGUUGGCUUGUAAAAAUCUAAUUAGUACUGGGUUUAAGGAAGGAUUUGCUGAUCAGGAUUAGAAACA